AAGUUUGUGUCACAGAGACACAUGACAAGGGAUGUGAGUGAGACAGUGUGAGACAGUAUGAGACAGUCGGGCAGAAGUCACUGUGUGAGUGAGAGCGUGAGGGUCUCUUACCUUCCCAUCAUGAGCUUCCACCGGGCUGUGCUGCUGGGCCUUUGCUUGUGUCUAACUGCCGUGUGUACCGCCGACUCUGGGACCCCCAAUAUGCAUCGCACCCGGGCUCCUUGCUUGUCUUGCCCCCACCACACCACAACCACAACUGCCAGAACCACUCCUAAGCACACAACUACCCUACACACAACUACACACCCUACCACAAUCCCAUAUACCAACCACACCACUACACAACACACAACUCUUCCACACAACCAGACAACUACACCCCCAGUAACUAACCACACAACUACACUCCCAGUUACUAACCACACAACUACACUCCCAGUUACUAAUCACACAACUGCACCCCCAAUUACCAACUACACAACUGCACCCCCAGUUACUAACCACACAACUACACUCCCAGUUACUAACCACACAACUGCACCCCCCAUUACUAAUCACACAACUACACCCCCAGUUACUAACCACACAACUGCACCCCCCAUUACUAACCACACAACUACACCCCCAGUUACCAACCACACAACUACACAAUACACAAGUCAGCACACUAAUCACACAACAAGGCCAUACACCGCACCUACCAACCACUCAACCACACACUAUUCCACCACAGCACCUACAAAUUACACAAGAGUGCCCCCCAGCCCAGAGCCGACACCCUCUGACUUCUCUGUUAACAACACCUCGGGAACGUGCCUGAGACUGACAGCGGUACUGGAGAUCACAGUGAAUGGCACGGAGCGGAUAGUGGUGCCCCCACCCCCCAUGACUACAUCAGAGGGAAAGUGUCAGGAGGAUCAGGUGGAAGUGACACUUGGCUUCCCCCAGGCAACGCUCCAUCUGGCAUUCACAAAGGACUCCACUGACUUCUACCUGAGAGACGUGAACGUGACGCUGCUGGAGAAAGAACCUCAUAACACAUUUGGUGCCAGCGUGAAAGAAAUGGAGGCCCCUUUGGGACACUCCUUCUCCUGUGAAAACGUGACACUGAAGGUGGCCUCUUCAUUAGUGGUCACUGCCUCUAAAGUCAAAGCCCAGGCCUUUAACUUCAAUGGAUUCAACUAUGGACCCGCCAAGAACUGUUAUUUCAAACCCAACAUGACUGUUCCCAUUGUGGUGGGUAUCGUCCUACUGGUGCUGAUCCUGGUGGUGGUUCUGGCUUAUAUCAUUGGCCGCCGUCGGAGAACUGGUGGCUACGAGAUGCUAUAGAUCACUUGGCACAAUGGAAUGAACUACACGAGGGCACAGGUGGGGGGGGGUCUGUAAACUUGAAAUAAAUGUUUGCCACUGAGUGA